AUAUAAUCAUGGAAGAAUGACAUUAAUGAUAACGACGCUUUGUUAGUAAGACGAUGAGUGUAAAAUACAUGAACGACAUGGAAUUGUGAGAUCGGACAAUAGAUUUAACAUUGUAUCGCAGUUUUUGACAACUCAGCAUGUGCGAACGACCAUGGCAAACAACCCUGCUAUCAAUUUGGCAAGUCAGCGAAAUUUUCAUCAAUAUUUAACGACUGUGUGGCUGGUUGUUAUUGCCAAUUACUUUGAACCUAUGACCCCAACAAUAUUAGUUUUAUGUCGUAGGUAAUUUUUGUAUGAUUGUGAUUCUUUGUCGGAGAAGGCUCGUUAUCUCUUUAUCCAAGUAAAUUAAUUAAAAAGCGAUGCUGAUACCUACCUUAAGCUCGGUGUUAAGGGUAAAUGGAACAGAAGAAGAUUUGUAAGUUAGUUAGAACAGCGGUUCAUGGUAUAACUUCUCAUUAGUGUCGUUCAUUUAUUUUUUUGGUUUCUAAUAGGUUAAUUAAGACGAUGCAAUGAAUGUUAUAUUAAAACGCCUGUAGCUAAUGGAAUAGAGAUGUCUUCGAAUAUUGUAAACAAUGUUAAUAACCAAACACAAAGCUCGUCCUCGUCAACGAACAACAACAAGCACGCAAAUGGAAAGAGACCAUCUCUGCAUAAUACAAAUCCUUUAAUUGUGAACAGCAAACAAUAUGUUGAACCUCCCGACGGUGGCUGGGGCUGGGUGAUUGUAGUCGCUGUCUGGUUUGACAAUAUGCUGGUUAUCGGAAUGUUAAAGUCGUUAGGCGUUCUGUUUCCAGCAUUCCGUUCAUAUUUUCAAGAAAGCGCUGGAGCCAUCUCAUGGAUCAACUCAAUUUCUUUGUCUAUGAGAGCUACUGCUGCCCCGCUCUCUGCUGCGCUGAGCAAUAAAUAUGGAGAAAGGAAGGUCGUGGCCCUUGGUGGAGUUUUGGUUGUUAUUGGUCUCAUCAUGAGCGUUUACGCAACUUCACCAUACUAUUUGUACGGCUCCCUUGGCUGCGUAACAGGAAUUGGUUUUGCCUUUGCCUCUCUUCCAGCUUUAACCAUGAUUGGUCGCUAUUUUAAAGUUCGUCGUUCACUUGCAAACGGACUUUCCAGAAGUGGUGGCGCAGCGACCUUUUUCCUUGCGCCUUUGCUCCAACUACUUGUAACUAAUUACGGGUGGCAGGGAUGUCUUUUGAUAGUUGCUGGACUAGAAUUGCAUCUAAUAGCUUGUGCAUUGCUGUUCCGACCUUUACGACUUAAAGAAGAACUGCAAUUCGAACCCACCACAACUUUAAAGAACCACCGGGACAAUCAGAUGCAACCUCAUACCUUCAACGAUGAAUUUACCAAGAGUGAUGGUUUUAAAUCUGGGUUUGUUGCACACAGAGCAAUAAGUGAUCGACAAAAAUUGAAAAUGAUGCAGCAAGAAGUUGAGAAACGGGUGCAACAAUAUGGGGUAACAGAAUCUUUGAUCGUAGAUCACUUUCCUCAAAUAGAACCUGUAUACCAACCGAAGCAAAAAUCGACUCUCGACUUCAGUUUAUUGCUUAACCCCAAGUGGGCUGUAAUCACCUUAAACCUGGUACUCACUCAGUUUGGGUAUUCCAUCACACUUGUACAUACUGUUGCUAGAGCCAAGCUAUUAGGAAUAGGCGAAUACGAGUCUGCGAUGUUGUUAUCGUUUGUUGGUUUGUCUGAGGUGGUUGCCCAGUUAUCCUCUGGCGCCUUCGCUGACAGACAAUACAUAAAACGAAUACAUCUUCACAAGAUUUAUAUUGGGGUGAUGGCAAUUGCGACGGCGUGUAGCCUCUUGUGCAAUUCAUUCCUAACCAUGGCGAUCUACUGCGUUCUUUUCGGCUGUGGAUCCGGGAGUUGGCAAGGCAAUAUUCUUCCUCUUACCGUUGAUACUUUGGGAGUACGGACGUUACGCAGCGCUUAUGGAUUCUGUCUCUUCUUUAGUGGUGUCUGUGGUCAAUUGAUAGGACCUCCAAUUGCAGGAAUGAUGUUCGACGCCACGCAGUCAUAUACGUACAGCUUCAUACUUGCUACAAUUUGCUUUUUCAUCGCCUCAUUCGUGUUAUGGCUUGAAGUUCCAGCUUCUAAAUUCGUUCGAAGAAAGGAGGAAAAAGCCAGAAAAAACUCAGCAGUUGUUUCAACUGACGAAGAUUAUGACAUUUUAAUGCAAGAGAUCAGCGGGUUAGCAUAAGAGAAAGUGAUCGUUAAAAUGUUCACGGCGUUCAAUAAAAAUCAGUUGGACGAAGCCUGUGGCAACCGUUGAAAUAUUGUAUCUACGUUAAAAAAAAUGUUGAUCUCGAUUACUACAUUUGAUAACUAUACUACUUGUAUUUAUAAUUUUGUGAUCCACUUAUAUACCUACUUCUUUUUGACGAACCUUUAACAUAAAGUAUAAACAAAAAAACGUUAAUUGAUCCAAGUGUAAGUGCUGUAGACAAUUUGAUGAUCGAAUCAUACUGCCUGUUUUACUUGUAAAAUAAUUCACUUUAACUCAUCGGAUAUAA